AUUAGUAAGAAAAAUAAACAAGAACAUAGUAACGUCUGGUAAAUGGCUAAACACAAGGAAAAGCCAAAGCGAUGGGAUGGUCAAGGAGCUUAUGAUAGAUCAAGGGGAAACAGGAGAAACUGAUGGGUUUUGCAACUUCGCAGCUUCUGCCGGGGAAAUGAGCUCCGGAGAGUGUAGCGGUGGCAGUUCGGCGGCUUACGGAAAUAGUGACUUUCAACAAUACCAAGGGCUACAGCCUGAGUUGUUCUUUAAGAUGUCCCAUGAAAUCUACAAUUAUGGAGAAGGGUUGAUAGGAAAAGUAGCUGCAGAUCACAGUCACAAGUGGAUUUACAAAGAACCUAAUGACCAAGAGAUUAACUUCUUAUCUGCUUGGCACAAUUCUGCUGACUCAGACAUGGGAAGCUCAGUUUCAAUCUGGCGUCAAGGAGUACUUCUUCCACACCCUUCUUCUUCUGGUUACCCUUUCAUCAACGCUUCUCCUUCUGACACGUGGCAAUUCCCCGGAGUAGCUCCUCCUCCUUCGCAGCCUGAGCACCACCAGCAACACUUCUACCAAUCUGAUCACAACCACCGCUUCUUGAUGGGACAUCACCACCAGCCGCAAGCGGUAGGAGCACCUGUACCGCCUCUACCGCUUUCGAUGAAGAUAACGCCGUCGAUGAGUAGCCUCGAGGCGCUUCUCUCGAAGCUUCCGUCGGUUGUACCUCCGGCGACGCAGCCAGGAUACUUCCCGUUUCAC